AUGCUGAUAUACGAUAUAUUGCCCUUCUGUGUACAGACUCAGCGUCUUAUCAAAAACACGUCUGCUCUGCGCUUUGGCAUCCUUGGCGCAGCGCGCAUCGGGCCAGAAGCACUCUUCAAACCUGCGAAGACACACCCUGACGUCGUCGUUACAGCCGUCGCGUGCAGGGACAAGACACGUGGCCAGCAAUACGCCCAGAAGCACGACAUCCCCAGGACAUUCUCUGGUCCGAAUGCUUACCACGGCAAGUCGUUGCACAUCUAUGCACAAAAGCUAGUCACGGACCCUGAUAUUGAUGUGGUCUACAUAGCCCUCCCGAACGGAUUACACUUCGAGUGGACGAUGCGCGCUUUGGAAGCAGGCAAGCAUGUCCUUGUGGAGAAGCCCUUGACGAACACUGCAGAGGAAGCCCGCCAGAUCUUUGCCCUUGCGGAGGAGAAGGGCCUUGUUGCUCUCGAGGCUUUGCACACCGUGUUUCAUCCAGCGAAUCAUCGCGUGCGUGAAAUCAUCCAGAGCGGCGAGCUCGGUAAAGUCAAGAGCGUGGUUUCCCACUUCAUCUUCCCAAGGUUCAUCUCUCCGCUAUUCUUUGAGAAGGACGAUGUCCGAUUCCACUACGACCUAGGAGGUGGCAGUAUGACAGAUCUGGGCGUGUAUCCCCUCGCCGAGAUCCGGUUCGUGACAUCCUCGGACACCGUGCCGCUCGAAGUGAUCUCCGCCAAGGCCGUCGGGCACCCCAAGGACCCCGAGCGCAUCGACCGUGCCAUGCAUAUCGUAUACGCCUUGCCGAACACGGACGCGACCGCCGAGGUGAAUAUCGACUUCAGCGCGCCCGGCUGGGGCCCAUUCGGCCUGCUGCCGCGAAUGAUGCGCAUAGAUGCGACAAUCAAGCUCGAGGGCGGGAGCAUCUUCAUAUACAACUUCGUCAUGCCGGCCGCGUUCCACUUCAUCCGUGUGACGCCGAAGAAGGGAUCGGGGCGGUUCGAGCAGGUAUACACUUUUAAGGGCGGGAAGGGCGAGAGGUCCUGGUCUACGUACCGAUACCAACUUGAGGCUUUCGUUGAUAAGGUGCGCGGUAGGACUCCGUCAUUCUGGCACGAGCCCAUUAGCUCCAUAUCGGAGCUGGAGACCGUUGAGAGAGUAUAUACCAAGGCUGGCAUGCAGCCGAGACCUGCGUCGGCUUACAAGCGACAGGGGUGAACGCCAGGUAAACGCUACAACACGGACUGACCGGGCUGGCGGGCCCGAUCUCAGUGUAUUCUCUCUCCAUGUAGUUGGAGAUUGGUCGAUACCCUCAUC